UUUAUUGUUGUUUAAUGUGUAUAUAUGUAUGUGUAUGUGUCAGCAGUAGUUGACUGAUUGAGAUAUUUGAUGAUCAAAGGCACAGCAAAAGCCGGCAGUUUUCAGCUUUCAUAGGUCGGCAAUUUCUUCUUCUCUGUGUUAUCAAGAACAUCCUCUUCAGGCUGCAUGUAUGUGCAAAUUUUCUGUUCCAAAUUGGAUGUUUGGAUAGCUUAUUGACUUGAUUCUUCUGAAGAAUUGAAGACGUAAAACCAGGGCUUAAGUCCCUGUAGCUUACACCCCUGGGUAUGAGGUUUGCAAUGGAUCAAAAUGAUAUAGUUAGAUUCUUGCUCACCACUGUUGGAAGUUUUAUUCAAGACCGGUUAAUUGAUAAAGAACAAAGAGCCCAGCAAAAGGAACAAUGUGCUGAGAGAUUAGAAGCUGAAGAUGAAAAAACAGAAGUUCGGUACUCCGAUCAAGCCGUGUUAGCGAAUUUGGAUUGGGGCAUGGAUGCUCUCGAAGAAGCUAUAAAUACAUCAAAUAUUGAAACUAAGCUAGCACGACUAGACCAUGCAGAGAAGAUGUUGCAAGUAUGUGCUAUGUUAAAUUCUAGCCAGAAAACUGCAGGUGUUCCUAAUUUUUAUCUGUCUGCCUGGGCACAUCUAAACCUCUCUUACCUGUGGAAAUUGCGAAACAAUGUCCAAAAUGCAGUUCAUCAUGUUCUUGAGAUGUUCAGUGUUGACCCUUUAUUCUCUCGAAUUGAUUUUGCUCCUGAUCUAUGGAAGACUUUGUUUCUUCCACAUAUGAGUUCAAUAGUCGGAUGGUACUCAGAGGAGAGACAAAAGAUUGUGAUGGAUGCAAUUCCUGAUUCAGCAGAUAUGUCUUUCACUGCUGAUUUUGAUCAAUACUUCAAUGAAUCUUUAAUAUUUUCAGUGAGGCCUGAUCAAGCAGAGAAAAUGCAAAAUUUGGAGCAGGUUUAUGGUCAGGCUUUGGAUGAGAACACAAAGCUAUAUGCAAAAUACUACAAGGACUGUAUGAACUUUGAUUCAACCACCAGCAAAAAGUUGAUGCCAAUGAUGCCAAUAGCAGAGCCACCGAUGACUCCAUUGCAUGAGGUGAGCCGGUCCAUACCUGAUCAUGUGAAAUUUGGUCCUGUCUUACCUAAGAGUGCUGGUUUCAAUCAAACAACAAAGGCUAAAGAUAGCUCAAUGAAUGCUUUGAGAUUGAAAUCGGCUUCUGACUCAUUGAGGGACCUAGAGGAUUCUGCAAAAUGGGAUCCUGAAGAAGGAAUACCUGAAGAAGAAGAAUAUGAAUCUGACGAUGAACCUUAUGUCUUUGUGGGGUCUGGAGAUAAAGGUCACAAAGUUUUAUCUCAUGUCGGCAUGAAGAUGAAUCCUGAAAGUGGCUCACGGUCGAGUAGUCAAAAACACUCUCCUGCUGUUUUUACUCCUUCAGAUUCCCCCAAAGCUCCUACUCCGAAGAACUCAUCUCCUAAAGCUGAUUCUCAUUCUAAGGAUUCCUCAUCCAUGCUGCGGCUGUUGUCCACCCGUGCAAUGGAUGGCAAAGGUUUUGCAUCUGGGUCUUGUUCGCCAAUUCAUCAGGAUCCAGGCACUAGCUCAGGAGAUUCUGACAAUGAAAUUCCGGAACACCCGAAAAGUGUCAGGACAAAUCACAGCAGGAGGGUUAGUUAUGGGAAUCUUAAUACCCAACUUUUAGAAAAAAGUUUCUCUAAUGAUUGUGAAGAAGGAAGUCAAAGCUACAUUUCUCUCCCAUCCUCCGAAAAAAUGACCCCUCAUUCAAGAGUCCCUAAAGAUUUUGUCUGCCCCAUCACUAGUCAAAUUUUUUAUGACCCAGUAACACUUGAAACAGGCCAGACAUAUGAAAGGAAAGCCAUACAAGAAUGGACUAAAAGAGGAAACACAACAUGCCCCAUCACUAGACAGCCCAUCUCGGCUAAUCCAUUGCCCAAAACAAACUACGUCCUGAAGAGGCUAAUCACUUCCUGGAAAGAGCAGCAUCCUGAUCUUGCUCAGGAAUUGUCAUAUUCUGAAACACCAAGAAGUUCUUUCAGUGCUCCUCCAAAAGACACUCCGUCAGUAACUACCCCAUCCAGAACAAUCACCCUUCGUGAUCAAAGAAGUAGGGAUGAUAAUAACAACCACAAACCAAGAAGAUUCGCCCGAGCUGCUACCUCAAACUCACCGACCAGUGUGAUAUCUCAAGCUGCUGUUGAGUCCAUUAUUAAUGGGUUGAAUCCAUAUAUUUCGUGUCUCUGCAAUUCUGAAAAUUUGAAGGAAUGUGAAACAUCUGUUCUAAAAGUAGCUAACACAUGGAAAGACUCAAGGGGUGACUCGGGACUGCAUGCUUAUCUAUCCAAUCCAGCCAUAGUUAAUGGUUUUGUAGAUAUACUAUCAGCUUCUUUGAACAGGGAAGUCUUACGAACAUCAAUCUAUGUUCUUUCUGAGCUAAUAUUUUCUGAUGAUAGGGUUGGAGAGAUUCUAACAGCAGACUCAGAUUUUGAAAUCCUAGCAUCCCUGCUCAUAAAUGGUUUGGCUGAGGCUGCUGUUCUAAUGUACUUGCUAAAACCAGCAACUUCGCAGUUAUCUCCUUACAACUUUCUGCCUUCCCUUAUCCAGAUAAUUUCAAACAAAACUGAAGAUUCAAAUGAACUUGAUUUAGUGAUGGAUCCUAAGGAUGCAGCAAUUGCAUUGCUGGAGCAGGUUAUCCUAGGAGAAGAUGAAAAUAGCAGAAUUUCAAAAGCUACAGAUAUCAUAUCUGAGAAUGGAAUUCCUGCCUUGCUUAAUUGCCUAAACCGAGAGGAAGGACGGCAUUCUAUAGUAUUCAUACUAUUGCAGUGUAUUUAUGCAGAUAGAAAUUGUAGGAACUUGAUAGCGAGUAGAAUUGAGUUGUCUCCUGUGCUUGAGUUAUUUCAUGCUGGAGACGAUAACGUGAGAGGCAUAUGCAUAGAAUUUCUUACUGAGUUGGUUCAGUUGAGCAGGAGAACACUAUCCAAUCAGAUUCUGCAGAUGAUUAAGGAUGAAGGAGCAUUUAGCACCAUGCACACUCUUCUUGUCUAUCUACAAAUGGCUCCAAUGGAACAGCAAUCUUCCAUUGCUAUUCUUCUGCUUCAGCUUGAUCUCCUGGCUGAACCUCGAAAGAUGAGUAUCUACAGAGAAGAAGCGAUUGAGUCAUUAAUUGAAGCGCUUCGUAGAAAAGACUUCCCCAAUUCUCAAAUAAUGGCUCUUGAUGCUCUAUCAUCUCUUUUAGGACGUCUAACCAUGUCAGGAAAAUCCUGCAUGGAAGUCUUGCUACUGAAAUCUGCAGGAUUUGAUAAACCUUAUAAUGCUUUGAUGAAAGCAGAGAAGCUGAAAUUUUAUGAUGCUGAAUUGACUGAAACAAUGGAAGAGGAAGAGAAAGCUGCAGUUUCAUGGGAGAGAAGGGCGGCUUUUGUACUCUGCAACCAUGAGAAAGGCAUGAUUUUCAAAGCCUUGGAAGAAUGCCUGAAGAGUAAUUCUAUUGAGAUUGCAAAGUCGUGCCUUGUUAUCGCGACAUGGCUUGUCUACAUGCUUUACAGCCUUCCCGAUACAGGAGUCAGAGAUGCUGCUCGAAAGUGCUUACUUGACCAGUUCAUAAAUGUAUUACAAUCAUCAAAGAACCUCGAGGAGAAGAUUUUGGUAACCCUUGCUUUAAGUGGUUUUACCAGUGAUCCAGCUGCGGCUGGUGAACUUGGAGUGUAUGCUAAAUGCAUGUAUAAAACACUAAGAAAACUCAAGCGCAACUCUUCAGUGGUCAAUGAUAUCCUGAAAACCUUAAUGAACUUGCCUUCUGUUGAUGCAGCCGAUAUGUGGUGUUGUGCUGAAGGGCCUGAGUUGAAUUCUAGCAUGAAUGGUGAGGUUCUGGCAUUGCUUCACAUAAAAGGCCGCAUCAUAAGCAGUCAUUCUGAUGGAACUAUAAAGGUAUGGGAUGCCACUAAGAGGGUUCCGAGGUUAAUUCAAGAAGUGCGUGAACACACAAAGGCUGUGACAUGCCUAUAUAUAUCUUCUCCUGGCGACAAACUAUAUAGUGGCUCCCUGGAUAAAACGAUUCGGGUCUGGGCAAUGAAACAAGAAGAAAUACACUGUGUUCAGGUCCAUGAUGUAAAGGAGCCAGUACUCGAGUUAGUAGCAAAUAACAGUAUGGCAUGCUUUGCCCCUCAAGGAACAGGAGUUAAGAUCUAUAACUGGUCAGGUGUCACAAAGCAUAUCAACUUUAACAAAACUGUCAAAUGCCUUGCCAUGAUGGGCGAUAAACUCUACUGUGGUUGCAGUGCUUUCAGUAUCCAGGAGGUCGAUUUACAGAAGCAUACAUCAACCGUAUUUUACUCUGGUGCAAGAAAACUUCUGGGGAAACAAAUUGUUCAGUCUCUUCAUGUUCACGAAAAUCUUCUCUAUGCUGGAGGUUCUUCCGUAGAUGGUAUUGCAGGAAAGGUAUUCUCUCUAUCAACAAAGGCGGUAACAGGAUCACUGGCAACCGGACUAGACAUUCAGUGCAUAACUGUGAACAAUGAUUUCAUAUUUACUGCCACGAGAUUUGGCACCAUUGAGGUGUGGUUAAAAGAAAGAGUGACAAGAAUUGCUUCCAUCAGGAUGGGCAGUGGAGGAAAUGCAAAGAUCACAUCCUUGACAUCAGAUAAGGAUGGACAAAUGCUUUUUGCUGGCUCUUCUGAUGGCAAAAUUCAGGCUUGGGUGCUGGAUUGAAACAGAGAAUUAUGCCAUUAUUUUUGCAUUUCUGUGGUCUUGUAAGUUGCAACGUAAAUAUAACUUAUUCAUCGUACACCAAUUUUUUAUGGGUAAUACUUUCAAAAUUCUAAAUAAAUGAUUCAAUGAUUAUCAAUUUUAAUUGUAUA